CCGGCCGUAACUGUAUACCAUCUAGUCAAAACCGUCACGCUCCGGUGUGUUUUGGAGAAGGGACGGAGUGGAAGAUGGCGGCGUCCAAGGUGAAGCAGGACAUGCCUCCUCCUGGAGGUUAUGGCCCUGUCGACUAUAAGAGAAAUCUCCCGAAACGGGGACUUUCUGGGUAUAGCAUGCUCACCAUUGGAGUUGGUGUCAUGUGUUUCGGUUAUUGGAGACUCUUCAAAUGGAACAGGGAGAGGAGGCGGUUGCAGAUUGAGGAGCUGGAAGCGAGGAUAGCUCUUCUGCCUUUGCUGCAAGCAGAGCAGGACCGGAGGCAACUACGGAUGCUGAGGGAGAAUCUGGAGGAGGAAGCCGUUGUGAUGAAAGGUGUCCCUGGCUGGAAGGUGGGCGAGAAUGUCUUCCACACAGACCGCUGGGUGGCCCCCCUCACAGAGGAGCUGUUUAACCUUCGACCCCGUGAAGAGCUUCUCCACAAGCGCUUUGGCUUCCUGUGGUACGUGUAGCCGCACCCCAGUCCAACUGUGUACACCUCAGCUACCAUACCAGCCACAGCCAGUACCUUUUUGACCGGAGUCCACAACUCCACACAGCUUGUAAAUGUUCUAUAUUAAAGUCAUCUUUUCUGUACCCCA